AUGGAACCUUUGUACACUAGGUUUGGCAGUAGUAUUGGGCCUAACUUGGUAAGAAAUCAGGACAUGAAAGUUGGAAGUAUGAUCAAAGAAGGAAAUUGGCUCUGGCCAAGCAGGUUGAGUCGAGUAAUGUAUGGAAUUGUGCAGCAAAUACCGACGACCAUGAAUCCAAAUGAAAGGAAAGAUGACUAUAUUAGAUGGGAGGCAAGCUCAGAUGGUAGAUUUUCGAUUAAGUCUGCCCGGCAAGUAGUUAGACCUCACCAACAGCCAGUGGCUUGGAACAAGAAAGUUUGGUUCACUUAUAAUGUCCCUAUAUGGUCCAUCUGUUGGCUUGGUUUGUUAAAGAGGUUUACUACUCUAGAUAGAGUUCAAAAAUGGGGCUUAACUCAGAACUCAAGCUGUGUGCUUUGCAGAGGUGCACAAGAAGACCAUGAACACCUGUUUUUUAACUGCAACUUUGCAGUAGACAUUUGGGAAAAGAUCUUAUUCACGGUGGGGAUUACUACAGGCAGAAUGGACUUACUUCAGGAAGCUUGCUGA